CGAACCGCCGAACUUCCCAGGCUUCACGUCAUAGCGGGGGAAAACAAAAACUGUGUGAGAGGAGAGAGGACCGAAUGAUUUCCUUGCAGCUUUUGCACUUCCCAGCGCGAAGAGGAGGCGGGUUCCUCCUCGCGCGCCGCCGCACCCCCUGAACCUCCCGCUCUCCCCGCCUCGACGGAUUCCUCCCCUCGAGGCUCCGCCCCGCGGACUCUCGCGGCGGCGUUCUUGGAAGCCUUAAUCGCUCCCUGGAAGAGGCUCUUCUUGGAGGGCGCGGAAGCCGCGCGCUGCGAUGCUCUCGCCGCCCAGCCUUGGCCCGAGGCUCCUCGUGCUUUCUGCACUACUUGCCGGCGUCCUGAGUGAUUGUGGCCCUCCACCAGUCAUUCGCAAUGGAGUCCCUCAUAAGAAUAUUGAGGGCGCAUCUUUCCCUCCAGGCUCAACGGUAAUUUACAAGUGUCUGGGCAACUUUUUUAAUGUCUAUGGAAAAGUAGAUGUUGUAACAUGUCUCCCAGAUUCAAAGUGGUCACACAUAGAACAGUUUUGUGUGGGCAGUUGCAUGAGCCCACCAAGGUCCGCAUUUGCUCAAGUAAAGAAAGGGCAAAGGAAGGAUUACUAUAUUGCCAACACCACUGUGGCCUAUAUCUGCCGCCAAGGUUACGACACUAUCCCUGAAAUAACUCCUGUUAUUACUUGUCGUGAGAAUUACACUUGGACAGAAAUCCCAGCUUUUUGUAAAGGAAAAUCAUGUGGUGAUCCAGGAAAACCAGAACAUGGUGAUGCUGUUAUUCUAACUAAUCUCCUGUAUUUGGCAAAAGUAAAUUUCACAUGUGAAGAUGGGUACACAUUAAAUGGAUCACCUACUACUCAGUGUCAGUGGAAGAAAGAUCAUGUUGAAUGGAGCCAGAAGCCUCCAGAAUGUCAACGGCUAAUUGAGAAACCCACAGAAGAUGGUACAAACACAACAGGGCAAGCUGUGCCACCAUCAGGAGGCAGUGCUACAAAUAAUACAGGAAGGCUAUGUCCUGCUAUAACUCUUGAGAAUGGCAGAAUAAUAAAAGCAACAGACUUGCGACUAGGUGAUGAAAUAACUCUAGGCUGUAAUGAGGGGUACAGAAUAAUAGGCCAAAAGACUCUUCGAUGUUCCCUUAUAGACAGCAAAGUUGUUUGGAAUAGAGAUCUUCCACUUUGCCAACGAAUCCCCUGUUUCCCCCCUCCUGACAUUGCCAAUGGCGAACACACUGGCAGAGGUUUCCAUGAGUUUGACCAUGGCACAGCAAUAACAUAUACCUGUAACCCUACUUUCUCCCUUAUUGGAAGCCCAACCAUUACGUGUUCAACUGCUGCAGAUGGUAUAAAUGGAGAGUGGCGUCCAGCUGCACCUGAAUGUAAAGUUGUCAGCUGCCGUAGACCCUCUAUUGAGAAUGGAGGAUUGACAACUACAUUUCGACCUACAUAUGAAUAUAAUAAUAUUAUAAUGUAUGUUUGUGAACGUGGAUACACUCUGGUGGGCAGCGACAGUAGUAAAUGUGGGGCUGACAACGUAUGGCAUCCUCCUCCUCCAAAAUGUCUCAAGGGUAUUUUCACCACUGUUGGUCCAGGUCAUGGAAAUACAACUUCUAACACAGCUGGUCCAGGAACGGGGGGAGGAGGAGGAGCAGGAGGAGGAGGUUACACCCUGGACCCUGGAAUUGCUUCAACAGCAGACAAUCACUCAGGAUUUUUGGGGGAUCUACACACAGUCCAGAGACAAAGCCGCCCAAAGAUGACACAGCACCUAACCACUCCUCAGGAGUUAUUAUUGGAUCUGUGGUGGCUGUUAUAUUGGGGAUUUGUCUUAUUGCUGCAGGUUGGAAAUACAGAUCUUGCUUUAUAAAGGGAAAAGCUGACCCUUCUUCUUGCAAUGCUGAGUCUUACCGUGCAGUUGCCACUCACACAGAAAUAGGAUUGGAACCCAAAGCCUCCUGAUUGCAGUAGAGCUGUGCAGUUCCAGCUGAUAAUUAAUUCCCAACAGUUCUUAUUUUGAGAACUGGAAAUGAGAAUUGAAUGAAGAUCUGCAUGGAAAAAGCCAAAGCAAUUUUCAUUAAAAACUGGGCAUCCAGGUUAUUCAGCUACUUGAAGCAUGAAGCAGUAUUGGGCCCCAAGAAAACUCUGUUCAUUUGCACUUACUGUUUUUGCAUAGAACUGGCUUGCAACUUCCUUUGCAGAAUGUGUUUUAAAGUGCCUCAAUCAAAUACAGAACCAAGAAGAACUUAUUACAGUUUGUUUCCUAGAAUCUUGUUCAUCGCAUGAAGGGGAGGGACAAGUAAAGCUGUUAAUAUUUACCAAACAUUUGACUUCCACAAGCCUUUCUCAUGAAGAAUUGUAAAAGUUGUCUUGAUUUCCUUACAUGAUCUUAAAAAGUGUGAACAAAAGUAACAAGUGCCUAAUUGAAAAUACUCGUUUUCUUUUUGAUAUAUUUUCAUAGGCAAACAAAAACCUCUGUGUACUUAACCAAAAAAUCAAGGGUCACGUUUACAACAGCUUAAUUUCAGUGGAAACAAGUAAAAUGAUUCUCCUGUUAAGAUCAAUGUGAGUGAAAAGUGCAGUGCUUCUGAUGGUUUGAACUAUAGUUUGUUACAGUCAUGAAGGUAACUUGUUUGUUAUAUGCUAUUUUAAAAUUUUAUGUUGAAUUGUGCACUUCUUCUGUUUAAAUUGAUUAACUAUGUAGUAUGUAUACAGAGAGAAAAAUUGUUUCUCUUAGAAUGUGUGCAAAUAAACUAAAAUAUUGAAUAAAAGGCACUAUCAUUGGUAUCUCCCAAGAGAUAAGAGGAAA